UUUACUUUACCAAACUGGGUUUUCCAAACUCUCUCUAGUUUCAGAAUCGUGAAUCGUGAGCAAUCAAUGAUGGCAAGGCAAGAAUCAUUGUUGUCCUCUUCCUCCUUUAGCUAUGAUGUGUUUUUAAACUUCAGAGGCGUAGAUACUCGUCACGGUUUCACUGCCAAUCUCUACAAAGCUCUUGAUGACAGGGGAAUCCACACCUUUAUUGAUAAUGAAGAGCUUCAAAAAGGAGAGGAAAUCACACCAUCACUUGUCAAGGCUAUUGAGGAAUCCAGGAUUGCCAUCAUUGUGCUCUCUACCAACUAUGCUUCUUCUUCAUUUUCCUUAGAUGAACUUGUCCACAUUCUUCACUGCAUCAAGCAAAAGGGUCGGUCGGUUUUGCCAGUUUUCUAUGACGUUGACCCUUCUGAUGUGCGAUAUCAGACAGGUAGCUAUGAAGAAGCACUCGCUACUCUUGAAAAGUGGUUUAAGGAUGACAGGUUGCAAAAAUGGAGGGAGGCUCUGCGUCAAACGGCUGGCUUGUGUGGCUUUACUUUCAAACAACAAGGGAAUAGGAACGAACAUGAGCUUAUUGAGAAGAUUGUUAAAGUGGUCUCCAACAAGAUUAAUCGGGCUCCUUUACAUGUUGCGGAUUAUACAGUUGGAUUGGAGUCUAAAGUGCAAGAUGUAAUCUCUCUUCUCAAUUUUGGAUCUGAUGAAGUCCACAUGAUAGGGAUCCAUGGAUUUGGGGGAGUAGGAAAGACGACACUUGCUCUAUCAGUUUUUAACUCUGUUGCUGAAUAUUUUGAGGGUUUAUGUUUUCUUCAAAAUGUGAGAGAAAUUUCAAACACACAUGGGUUACUUCAUCUCCAAGAGACCCUUCUUUUGAAAACAGUCGGGAAGGAUAUUAAGUUUGCAGGUGUCAAUGAAGGAAUGGCAACAAUAGAGCAUAGGCUCAAGCGGAGGAAGAUUCUUUUAGUUCUUGAUGAUGUUGACAAGCUAAAGCAAUUGCAAGCUACUUGUGGAAAGCCUGAUUGGUUUGGUUCUGGUAGCAGAAUCAUCAUUACAACUCGGGACAAGGAUUUGCUAACAAGUCAUGAGGUUAAAAGAACAUAUGAGGUUGAUUUGUUGAAUAAUAAAGAAGCUCUUGAAUUGCUCUGUUGUUAUGCUUUUAAAACUGAAAAAGUUGAUCCACAGUAUGGGCACAUUUUAAACCGUGCAGUAACUUAUGCUUCUGGACUUCCAUUGGCUUUGGAGGUAAUAGGUUCCGACUUAUUUGUAAGAAGGAAAGAAGAAUGGGAAUCUACGUUAGAUCAGUAUGAAAUAAUUCCUAAUGACGAGAUCCAGAACAUACUUAAAGUAAGUUUUGAUUCUUUGAAGGAAAAUCAGAAAAAAAUAUUUCUUGAUAUUGCUUGUUUCUUCAAUGGAUAUGCUUUGGCAUAUGUCAAAAAAAUACUUCAUGCUCAUCAUGGUUUCCUUCCGGAUGAUGGUAUUGGAGUGUUGAUUGCAAAAUCUCUCAUAAAGAUUGAUGCGUAUGAUCAUGUAACAUUGCAUGACCUGAUAGAGGACAUGGGUAAAGAGAUUGUCCGACUGGAAGCACCAAAUGAGCCUAGCAAGCGUAGUAGGUUAUGGUUCCACGAAGAUAUACUUCAAGUUCUUGAAGAAAAUACGGAAAGUGGUGUAAUUCAAAUCAUGAUUCUGGACUUCCCUGAAUUUAAAGUAGUAGAAUGGGAUGGAAACGGCUUCAAGGAUAUGAAAAAACUCAAAACACUUAUUAUAAGAAAUGCUGGUUUUUUUGAAGGUCCCAAACAUCUUCCAAAUAGUUUGAGAGUACUGGAAUGGUGGGGAUAUCCUUCAACAUCUUUACCAUCCGAUUUUAAUCAAAAGAAUCUUGCGAUACUGGAGUUACCCCAAAGUCCCUUACUGUCAAUUGAUUCACUCAUGUCAAAGAAGAGGAAGUUUGAUAGUAUGAAAGUUUUGAAGUUUGAUGGUUGUCAAUGUAUAACAAAAAUACCUGAUGUGUCUGGUGUCCCAAAUUUAGAAAAAUUAUCAUUUGGACAUUGUGACAAUUUAAUCAAAAUUCACGAAUCGGUUGGAUUCCUGAAUAAACUCAAAAUCUUGAACGCUAGUGGUUGCAAGAAGUUUAGCAGUUUUCCACCCAUCGAGUUGCCCUCACUUGAAGAACUUAAUCUUUCAUUUUGUCCUAGUCUUGAGAAUUUUCCAGAAAUAUUAGGAAAGAUGGAAAAAAUAACACAGCUUGAUAUCACUAACACUCUCAUAAAAGAACUGCCAUUUUCAAUUGAAAACCUCACUCGGCUUCAAGAACUAGUGCUGAAUCUUUGUGGAGGAUUUGUUCGGUUACCAAGGAGCAUUUCGAUGAUGCCAGAACUUAAUCUAUUGAUUGUUAUGAACUGUGAGAAUUUUCGGGAAAUUGAAGGGAUUCCACCCAACUUAAAAGAAUUCGUUGUAUGGAAGUGCACAUCCUUGAAAGAUUUAGACCUCACACUAUUUCCCGAAUGUUUGACGAAACUUGUCUUACAUAAUUGCGAGAAUCUUCAAGAAAUCAGAGGGAUUUCACCCAACAUAAGAAUUUUAAAUGCAAGAGAAUGCACAUCCUUGACUUCCGAGUGUACAAGCAUGUUACUGAAUCAGGAAUUGCACGAGGAGGGUGGAGACAAAGUGUUUUUCUUGCCAGGAUCAAGCAUUCCAGAGUGGUUUGAGCAUCGUCUCGUUGAAGAGUCAAUUUCUUUCCGGUUUCGUAACAUGAUCCCUUCUAUAUCUGUAUCUUUUGCUUUUCUUUUCAAUGGACAAUAUCCCACUUAUUAUAGUCUUGAUAUUGAAGUCAACGGCAUUCCAAAAGUUAUAAAAGAGGAUUUCAAUUUUUAUUGCGAAGAAGGGGAUUAUACAGUUCUUUAUGAUAUAAAACCGGAAACAUUCUUACGUCAUGAUGUUCUAUUUCUAGAAGAAAAUAUCUGGAAUUAUGUGAAGUGUACUCUAUCAUGCAAUAGAGACGGAGGGUUUCUCAGAGAAAGUGGAAUCCAUGUAUUCAAACAAGGAAGGAGCAUGGAGGACAUUGAAUUCACCGAUCAGCAAGGCUUGGCAGAUUCUCAGACACGGCAAAUGAUUUUGAAAAGGGCAGCGAGGUCUUUAAGAUUGAGAUCCUGGGAAGAACACGGCUGUGAAAUUGUGUCAAGAAAGAGGAAAAUAGGUGUGUUAAAUGUGGACUUGGACAAUGAAGCCUGGGAACCUUGUUGUCCUGCACCUUCAAAAGUGGCUUUGAAUUCAGCAGUGUCAAACUUUGCUACUGGUGCUGCCAGGGAAGAAGGAGAAUCAUCUCAAAAUAAUUUGGCUUUGUUGCCUUUAUUGGAACCGCAAUUGGGACAGGUCACAGAGUGGCUUUCAUUGCUUCCACCUCCAGCAUCGAACAAUUAUGUGAAUUCGCAUUCAAAUUCAAUGGUAUCAAAACUGAGAAGUAGCGCUCCCAAUUUCCAUGUAUUCCUUUAGGUGCAGUGUUUGAAGAGGGUAGCCUUCUCGAGACUGCUUUCAAUGUUUGGAAGGACCAAGAAUAUUGUGGAGGGAUCAAGGUGGCUCUCACUUUUACUGCUGAGGAAGUGCUAAAAUCUAUUUCACUAUUAUUUUUCUUCAUGUUUAGAUUCCUAUCUUUCUCCCUAUUCAAAUAUACCACUAACUUCUGGUUGCAGAGAGAUGGUGACCAGGGUUACAAUGUGCAAAGAAUCGAGUAGGGAAUUUUAAAGUGAAGGAAGGGUUUACAUAUUUGUCAGGUCCAGAAUUUACUUUUAUGGCGAAAAAUAAGCAGUUUUGGGUAACUUUGGGAAUUUUUGUAACUGUUUUUCUGGUGUGAUGAUCUGAUAAUGUUGUGCUGUCUGUUUUAGUGCUUUUCUCCUUUUUGAUGUAAACUACAUUAAGCUUAAACUAUUAUUUU